CAGCCUUGUGAUGAAGUUGGUAAACCACAGCCUGCCACCAGGGCUCUCCGGGCUGGUGCUUUCCGCUGCCGCGCACUCUUGACAUGCCUGUUCCCAGCUGGGGCAGCCCGGUCGUGCUCAGUCUCCGGCAACAUGGACCAAAGGGAGAUUGUGCUGCAACACCUGGAAAGGGCACAAAGCAAGAAGCUCGACCGAGAGAAGUUUGCCGAGGAGUUUUUGAAGCUGAAAAGGCAGUCAACAAAGUACAGAUCAGAUAAAAUCUACCCUACAGCAGCAUCUGAGCAACCAGAGAACAUCAAGAAGAACAGAUACAAGGAUAUCUUACCCUUUGACCACAGCAGAGUGGAGCUGUCCCUGAUUACCUCCGAUACAGAUUCUCAUUACAUCAAUGCCAACUUCAUCAAGGGCGUCUAUGGGCCAAGAGCUUACAUUGCAACGCAGGGUCCCCUCUCCACUACUGUCAUUGACUUUUGGAGGAUGAUUUGGGAGUAUGAAGUCCUGAUUGUGGUCAUGGCUUGUAUGGAGUUUGAAAUGGGAAAGAAGAAAUGCGAGCGGUACUGGGCAGAGGUGGACGGCUCUCCCUUGCAGUGCGGUCCUUUCUCCAUUGCCUGUGAAGCUGAAGAGAAGAGAAAUGAGUAUGUGAUUAGGAGGUUAAAGGUGACCCUGAAUGAGGAAAUCCGCACAGUCUACCAGUUCCACUAUAAAAACUGGCCUGACCACAAUGUGCCCUCAUCCAUUGACCCCAUCCUGGAGCUCAUUGGCGACAUUCGCUGCUACCAGCCAGGUGACAGUGUCCCCAUCUGCAUCCACUGCAGUGCAGGCUGCGGGAGAACAGGAGUCAUCUGUGCAAUCGACUACACCCAGAAGCUGCUGAGGGACAGGAUCCUUCCAGUGAACUUCAGUGUUUUUAGCCUGAUCCAGGAAAUGCGCACACAAAGGCCUUCCAUAGUGCAGACCAAGGAGCAGUAUGAGCUGGUUUAUGAUGCGGUGAUUGAGCUCUUCAAAAGGCAGAUUGAAGCACUCGAUGCCCAGGAAGACUCUGCUGCUUCCCAGGUCCAAGCAAAGCAUCCUGCAGCCAAGCCACUUCUGAGUCCAGUGGAAGAUAUUUAUUCCCUGAGUUUAUUAACCUGUUCAGAGCAAGAGAAGCAAGAUGUGCAUCAGCGCCUUCCCCCAGUGGUACAAAGCAAAGCAUCCCUGACAUCAUUGCCUGCCACAGGAGUACACAAGAGCUCUGCAUGUGGAGUCCCUCCCAUCAGACAAGCCAUCUCCUUCGGCACUUUGAACUGCAUCACCUGCAGGAAGGCAGCAAUCGCUGAGAAGUGGGGCACUGGGGGUGCUUUUCAGAAACACCACAGUUUGGAUUUCAAACACAUCUCUCCUGAGCAGCUGCUUCUCAACCUGGAGCCAACGGGAGCAGGCAGGAGAAGACCUCACAGCAGGGCACCUCUGACAUGGGCUGCAUCGACCCCUUUUGUGCUGGCACAGCAGGGAGAAGGCUGGGAAUGGGACAGAGGGGAUGCAAAGCCUGGUUUGAGUUCACAGUUGCCCAAUGCCUGUUCCUCAAGCUUCCAGAUGAAGAAGCAGGAUGGAUUUUCCCCUGUUGAGCUGAACCACUUGAGACAAGAAGCGUAUGGCCCUCCAAAGCACAGGGAGCAUGGGCAACGUCCUCACUCUUGCUUCUGCUCAGCAGAAGACCCUUACUUCUCUUCACUCUCUCCAGAAGAGCCCACGUCCCUGGUGUUUGCUGAGUGCUCUGUGGAAAGCCAGGAUGCACUUCUCCUUCCUUGUGCUGUGAGUGCUCCACCGCAGCCUGCUGUGGCCAGCUCCCUACCAUCCAGAUCUGCAUCCCACCACACUCCCCUGCUGCAGGACGAGAGGAUAUCCUCCUUGACGCCAGAGCCAGAUGAUGAUGAUGAUGAUGAUGACGAUCCUCCACCCCUGCCUGAGCGAACCCCCGAGUCCUUUAUCGUGGCCAGUGACUCUGGACAGUUUCCUCUGGCAACCUCUGAUUCUCAGCUUCCAGCCAGAGAUACACAUAUAGGAACCUCUCUGGAGCAGAGCAGCAAGUCUCACUCAGAGGUGUUCGAUGACUCAGUGAGACUGAGACCAUGUAAGGGUGUGAAGCUUCGGAGCCCACAAACAGAGACAACCUGGGAUUGCUCUAGCUCUCCUCCCCCGCUUCCUGAAAGAACCCCGAACUCAUCUGUUCUUGCUGAUGCUGCAAGUCUGCAGCCUGCUGCAAGAAAUUCUAUGUGUCCCGAGGGCUUGGAGAGCAACGCUGCCAUAACAUCAUCAAAAAAGUCUAACUGCUUCAGGAGAAGCAAGAGCUUGAAAAUACUGAAAAACAUGAGGAAGAGCAUCUGUAGUUCAUCUUCACUGACAAGAGCACCAGAUUCUGCCCCAUCAAACAAUUCCAGGUCCUUCCUCAACUUUGGCUUUGCAAACCGAUUUUCAAAACCUAAAGGACCAAGAAAUCCACCACCAGCAUGGGAUAUUUAGGUACAUUUAACAGAUUUGGUGUUACAGAUUUGUAAAGCACUACUUCCUCGCUCAUUAACUAAAGUUCUGAAGUAAAGAAGAACAUGAAAGUACCAGCAGGACUGCACUUUCAGUUAAUUUAUAGCAGGAUGGAAAUGAAAACCAGAACAUUUUAUGCUAAGGAGGGAUAAUUUUUUUGCUGUGUUUCGGAAUGUAUUCUCUGCAAAAGGAUGGAUUUGAGCUUUCUAAACCAGCAGAGCAGUCUGGUGAUAGGAUCUAGUGAAGACUCCUGAAUGAUAUGGAAGGCCAACAGGUUGGACCAAUGCAGAAUGAGACUCUGGAAGGUGCAGACACAGCAUCUGCCUGACUUCACUCAUGUGUGAAGGUUUACCUUAAUGAAAGACACUUAAGGAGUCAAAUUCCUUAAAUGUUUACAUCACUUGGAGUGACAAGGAUGAGCAUCUCUGA